AUGUCCCCUGAUAGAGGAACUAGCGAGGAAACGGCCCCCUCUUAUAUACUCGAGGCCGACGAAGAUGUCAAGCAUCUCCCUGAGGGUCACCAUUUUACAUGGAGAGGUGUUGCUGCUGGCCUCCUCGUCGGGCUGAUAAUUUGCUUUAGCAACAUGUAUUUUGGCUUGCAGACUGGCUGGAUAUCCAUGAUGACGAUGCCUUCCAGCUUGCUCGGUUUUGGGCUGUUCAAGACUUUAUCCCGCCACUUAGCAUUCCCAUUCUCCCCCGUAGAAAAUGUACUUGUCCAAUCAGUAGCAGGUGGUAUGGCAAUCAUGCCUCUCGGGUGUGGAUUUGUAGGAGUCUUGCCAGCCAUGGAAUACCUACUCAAGGCAUCGGAGCAAGGCCCAAUCAAUCUAAGCAUGUGGAAGCUUAUCAUAUGGUCCCUGGGACUUUGCUAUUUUGGUGUCGUUUUUGCCGUUCCUUUACGGCGUCAGGUCAUAAUUAGGGAGAAACUGAAGUUCCCAAGCGGCUUUAGUACCGCGGUUCUCAUCGGAGUACUUCAUGGUAAAGGACAUACCCAAAAUAGCGCCGCCUUGGAUCCAUCCAAGGCUGCAACUUUCGGUAGUUUAUCAGCUGAGAGCCGGCCCCUUUUGGAGGCUAGAGAUGGCAAUGAUGAGAACGAUAUUAGCAACCCAGUGGAUGAGCCGUUACGCGCCAAGACCGCUGAGCGAUAUAGCUGGAGCUCGAACAUCCGGCUACUCCUCGUCACAUUUGGGAUUUCGGGGUUCUACACACUCUGCACUUAUUUCUUCCCUGUUCUCCGCAAUCUUCCCGUUUUUGGGACCGUGGCGGCGAACACUUGGCUUUGGACUCUAAACCCAAGUUUCGCAUACGUUGGUCAAGGAAUCAUCAUGGGCCCUUCUACCACCAUACAUAUGCUCCUUGGAGCGGUCAUCGGCUGGGGAGUCCUCUCACCUCUUGCAAAAUAUCGAGGUUGGGCCCCAGGGCCUAUUGAUGACUGGGAGAGUGGCAGCAAGGGUUGGAUUGUUUGGACGUCUCUCGCUAUCAUGCUAGCAGAUGCUGUCGUCAGCCUUGGGUACAUCGCGUUCACUCCACUCUUUAAACAAGCGCCGUCUUUCCUUGCGACGAUUAAGCAACGAUUACAGCACGAUGGAAUCAAGGGGCUAUUCAUCCGCCGACCUCACAACUACAUAGCUGUUCAGAAUUCCGAGGAUAACUCGACCGUAAGAGACUCAGAUGAGUUUGAUAGUUUACCGAGCCCGCUAGUUGAGCAACGCAAUCCUUUCGAAGCGCACCGACCCCAGCCGCAAAAAAAAGCUUGGGAUCAAGACGAUGCUCCUCCUGAGCAAUUAGUCGGCAAUAAGACCGUCAGUAUCGGUCUCGUUUUAUCUGUUUUGUUCUGCAUUGCAAGUAUUCAUAUCACCUUUGGAGAUCUAGUUCCGCUUUACGCAACUGUCAUAGCCGUUUUCAUGGCGAUGAUAUUGAGUAUAAUGGGGGUUCGAGCACUCGGUGAGACAGACUUGAAUCCCGUUUCUGGAAUCAGCAAACUGGCGCAGCUUUUCUUCGCCCUCAUCAUCCCGCAGACUCAUAAAUCGAGUGUUCUCAUUAAUCUGGUGGCCGGUGCCGUAUCCGAGGCGGGUGCGUUACAAGCUGGCGAUCUGAUGCAGGAUCUGAAGACUGGUCAUUUGCUAGGCGCGGCGCCUAAAGCGCAGUUCUGGGGCCAGAUCAUUGGUGCUACAGUGGGAGCUGUGGUUAGUGCAUUCAUAUACAGGUUGUAUACUGCUGUAUAUGAAGUUCCAGGAGACCAAUUUCAAGUACCGACCGCAUUUGUGUGGAUAUUUACCGCGAGACUGGUCACAGGAAAGGGCUUGCCAUAUAUGGCGAGAGAGUUUGCGAUCGGCUCUGCGAUCAUUUUUGCUGCUCUUACUGCCCUACGUACGAAGGCGAUUGGGAAAAGUUGGCACGCUUAUAUACCUGGUGGAAUUGCUGUGGCAGUCGGCAUGUACAAUGUCCCAUCUUUUACCUUAGCGAGAACGAUCGGUGGCAUUGUAAGUUGGUACUGGAGGGUCUAUCUACGAAAAGAGGAUACUCCGUUGAUUGUCCUCGCGUCAGGUUUCAUCUUAGGAGAAGGUGUCUUAAGCAUCAUCAACUUACUAUUACAGAGUUCCCAAGUUCCCCAUCUAUAAGCAGGUUUGCUCCUCUAUAGAUUCGGUGAAUUAGGUAAAAAAGAAUUGAUUGGUUUGCCAUACAUUAUAACUCUGGUCCCGUUAUAUACGGCUCUCUCGGUCUUAGCCUAUACUUUUAGUACCGUAGAUUGUGUAGGUUACGUACAUACAUAGUAGGUAGUUUCAAUGGAUUGUAUG